CAAUUUGGGAAGGAUGUCAACUUCUUUACGCCAUUAGUGUGCCAUAUUUUCUCUACUUGUUGAUUACUGUCUUCACUGUGUUCCAUGGUAUAGCCAAUGCCUGGAAAAUUUUUUGUACCCUUCUCCUAACUGAUAUCUUCCAACAAUGAGAUCCCCUUGAUGCUUUGGAAGCUCUUCGCAGACCAUGCCUUUUGCUGUACGAGACAACUGAGUACAUGUCAGAAAAAUCCUACUAGAAAACAUCAACUUUAUAUGGGUUUAAUCAAGGUCACUUUAAUUAAUGACAGAAAUGAUUGCCUUCAUUGUCUUGCUAAGUCUUGCUGCAGUGCUGCAACAGUCUUCUGGAACUGUUUGUUUUGCUCUCUGUCUUAAGGUUGAUUACCAAAAGGAGAUUGUUGACAAGCACAAUGCUUUCAGGAGAUCAGUGAAACCAACUGCUAGGAACAUGUUACAAAUGGUAAGCUAAAUGUAAUUAUAUUUGUGUCCUUCUCAGAGAGUUU